GCACCAUGCAGGUCACUCUGAAGACCCUUCAGCAGCAGACCUUCAAGAUCGACAUCGACCCGGAGGAGACGGUAAAGGCACUGAAAGAGAAGAUUGAAUCUGAAAAGGGGAAAGAUGCCUUUCCAGUAGCAGGUCAGAAGUUAAUCUAUGCAGGCAAAAUCCUCAGUGAUGAUACUGCUCUCAAAGAAUACAAAAUUGAUGAGAAAAACUUUGUGGUGGUCAUGGUGACAAAACCCAAAGCAGUGACAGCACCAGUGCCAGCAACAACUCAGCAAUCGAAUGCUCCCACCACUACUGCAGUUAGCUCCUCCACAGCAACGGUUGUGGCUCAGGCGCCAACCCCCACCCCUGCUUCAGCUCCCACUUCCACACCUGCGUCUACUACUCCAGCCUCAACUCCAGCAUCUUCUGAACCCACACCUGCUAGUGCAACUCAGCCUGAGAAACCUGCAGAAAAGCCAGCGCAGUCACCAGUGGUUACCAGCCCAGCACCAGCUGACAGUACACCAGGAGAUUCUUCCCGGUCAAAUCUUUUUGAAGAUGCAACAAGUGCCCUUGUGACAGGUCAGUCUUACGAGAAUAUGGUAACUGAGAUCAUGUCAAUGGGCUACGAACGAGAGCAAGUAAUUGCAGCCCUGAGAGCCAGUUUCAACAAUCCUGACAGAGCUGUGGAAUAUCUUCUAAUGGGAAUCCCUGGAGAUAGAGAAAGUCAGGCUGUGGUUGAUCCUCCUCCCCAAGCAGUGAGUACUGGAACUCCUCAGUCUCCAGCAGUGGCGGCAGCUGCAGCAACCACCACCACAACGACAACAACUAGUGCUGGAGGCCACCCCCUUGAAUUUUUACGGAAUCAGCCUCAGUUUCAACAGAUGCGACAAAUUAUCCAGCAGAAUCCUUCCCUGCUUCCAGCUUUGCUACAGCAGAUAGGUCGAGAGAAUCCUCAGUUGCUGCAGCAAAUUAGCCAACACCAGGAACAUUUUAUUCAGAUGCUAAAUGAACCAGUUCAGGAAGCAGGUGGUCAAGGUGGAGGAGGAGGUGGUGGAGGUGGCGGAGGCGGAGGAGGCGGAGGCGGAAGUGGAGGAAUUGCAGAAGCUGGAAGUGGGCACAUGAACUACAUUCAAGUAACACCUCAGGAAAAAGAAGCUAUAGAACGGUUAAAGGCACUAGGAUUUCCUGAAGGACUUGUGAUUCAAGCAUAUUUUGCUUGUGAGAAGAAUGAGAAUUUGGCUGCCAACUUUCUUCUACAGCAGAACUUUGAUGAAGACUGAAGGGACUCUUUUGUAUCUCACACUCACACCAGUGCAUUACACUAACUUUGUUCACUGGAUUGUCUGGGGUGACUUGGGCUCAUAUCCACAAUAUUUGGUAUAUGGUAGUAGGUUGGUGGGGGUGGGAGGGAGGGAGCUAGGACAUAGGGCAGGGAUACAUACCGUGCAUGUCUGCUUCAAUUAGCAGAUGCUGCAGAUCCACACAGUGUAAAAUACUAUACAACCAAACAUCCGCCUUUGCAGGUCUUUAUUCUUCUAAGCAGUAGAUAACAUUUCCUGGGUUUCCUUCCUCUAGUGUAUUAGAUCCAGAAAUUUAGUGUGAUGCCCUGCUUUCUCUUUUCUUUGACUUAACAUUGGUUUCUGAAAGAAUCUUUGCUACCUAGAAUCUACAGUCUGUUUUAUGGCAACACUGGAUAAUGGCUUUUUGAAAUUGGAAAAAGAAAUUGGAGCACCUGUAAACAGAAAUGCCAAAUUAUUGAUGGUCAUUGUUGCUGCUUCACAUUGAUAUGAAAUUGAUGCGAAAGGAAGCCCGUUCUUCAUGUUCAGUCCUUGGGGUGGGGAGGGUAGAAAGGGGACUUUUCUUAAAAUGAAAAUAAUUACUGCUAUUUUAAAAUUACCUGAUUAUUGAAUGUGAGACCCUCUAACAUGAUUUGAGAAGCUGUACACAUAUAGGCAGAGUUAUUUUCCUGUUUACAUUCUUUGUUUGUUGGGGGAAAUUGGUAGGUGUCUAAUUACUGUUUACUUCAUUGUUGUAUUGCAGUAAAAGUUUAAAACAACCAUUGCAUGUUUGCUUUUGAUGUAUCCCUUUGUGAAAUUAGCACUUUUGGGGCCAAUGAAGAAAUGCAGCAUUCAGUCUCCUUACCCUUCCCUUUCCUCAGUAGAAAUGCGUUUGUCAGCAGGUCAUGAGUCAAACUGCUGCCUUUAAAAAAGCCACAAAAUGCUGAUUCAGUUCAAAAUUAAUGCAAAUCUUUCAAAAUUGGUUUUCUGAUACUUUUGUGGAUGUCUUCAUUAGAUAAGAAUGUAUUACCAUUAAAUCCAUUAGUAUUACAUUGCUUUCAAAGAGGAGGUGGGUGGGCCUAUAAUCCAGCAUCUUUUACUGCAUUUAAAGAUGGGAGAAAACUUUUGUAUGGUCGGGAGAUGUGGCUGGAAAGUACUUUGGAAAAUAUACAAUCAAGAUAUCUCGUGGCAUAUUAAAAGAAAAAUCUCAAUCACA